AUGGAAAAUUUGUUCGGAUUGAGUUUGUUAUCACAAUUUCUUGUGACAAUAUCAUUUAUGUUAAUUGCGUUCAUAUUUUGGAUUUAUCGACGUCAAAGUUAUUUUGAAAAUCAUUAUAUUCCCUAUGUGAAUUCAAUUCCACUUCUGGGAUCACUUACAGAUUCAUUGUUUGGAAAAGUAUCGUUCUAUGAUGAUAUUUUAGGAGUUUGUAACCAACCAAAAGUCAAAGGUAAACCUUUUUUUGGAAUAUUUCUAUUCCAUAUGCCUACUGUGAUGGUAAAUGAGCCUGAAAUCAUCAAAAGGAUAUUGGUUAAGGACUUUCAGAGUUUCAGCAAUCGAUAUACAACAACAGACAUUCACGAUUAUCUCGGAUAUAAUCAAUUGUUUUCGUUGAAAAAUUCUUUGUGGAAGAAAAUGCGUGGAAAAUUGUCUCCUUUUUCAGCAGUGGAAAGUUAA